AUGGGCCCUCACUUCGACCAAGAACACCGCGAAUUCCCUUUCAAGGGACAUUUUGGUCCUCAGGACGAGAAGAAGAAACAUUCUGGCUGUCCGUUCUCUAGAAGCCAAAACUCCAGUGAACGUGGACCUCCACCAUUCGUGUUCGGACCAGGGUUUGGACCUAAGGAAUGGCACCAUGGAUCAGGACAUCACGGGCCAAAGGACUGUCAUCGUGGACCACCAAAGGACUGCCACAAGGGAUGGUUCCAUCAUGGACCUAAGCAUGAAGACGGACCUUCGCCUCAUCAUUUCUUUGGACAUCAUGGUUUUAGGCAUGGCCGUGAUGAAAGACAUCAUCAUGACUGGAGAGGACCUAGCAGUGAGCAUCAUGGACCUCCAAGGCAUUGGUUCGGACUUAAAGGACCUUCAGAAUCGGAAGAACGUCCUAAAGGACCCUGGGGGAUUUGCGAAACUUACGAGUCCGACAAGGACCUGUACCAGGCAGAAAGAAGAGUCGCCGCGCCGUGGUGUCCGCCUAUCAACUUCCCUAAGAGGAGGUCUAACUAA